CAGCUCGUUCCGAUGGACCAUGCAUCUUCUGCGGAGGCAACUCGCACCCAAGGACAGCCUGCCCAGCGAGGGACCAGAGGUGCUUCAACUGCGGCUUAAAGGAACACUUCGGCAAGGUGUGCCUCAAAGGGACUUCUCCAGGCUACCAGCGAAAGGGCGACCCCAGGCAUUCUUGGCUCUAGUCCGGCUGAAAUCCUCAUGGGCCGGCGUCUUAGGACAAGAGUUCCAAUGGCGCCGCAGCUGCGUGGUCCAGUGCAGCCACCGCUGCUUAAUCUUGGGGCCAAAGACAGUGCCAACAAGAUGUUACAAGCACGGUACUACAACAGGCGCCACAGAACCCGGGAACUGAAUAAACUAAGAGCAGGUGAUUCCGCUUGGGUAACAGACAUGAAGACCAGAGCAACGGUGCUAGCGACAGCCGCUACACCGCGGUCCUACAUAAUACGCACCCAGGAAGGGAGUACGCUCCGGCGUAACCGACGAAUGCUGAACCGCUUGCCAGAACAGAGGAAGGCCGAAGGCAGCUACGAGUUUCCAAAUGAAAGCGAUACAGCCGAAUUGGUUUCUAUGGAAAGGGAGUCACCCGCUACCUUAACAGCUUCGUUGCCUUUAGCCUCAGGGGCUAUGAUUUCAACUUCAGUACCUUCUGCUA